AUGGACUCAUUCUCGGAGGUCGAGAUGCCCCAGUCGACGAAUGAUGAUUUGUUUAAGGUCAUCGAAUCAUCGGGCGAGGAAGUGGACAUUUUUCUUGAAAACUGCUCCUCACUCUACAAUUUAAUCCUCGACUCGUUGCACAACCUCACCUCAAAAACGAUAUCAUGUGAAUGUCUCGACGAAAUGACAUCUACACUUGAAAAAUCGGCAAAGAAAAUUCUGGCCGAAAGGCCGGAGGCCGAGAAUUCGGUCCUUCUCCGACUAAACACGAUCUGCUGUGCCAUGGAGCAGUUGCGUGUCCAACACAACGCAAAACUGAUGAGCGGUGCAGAAUCAGACACAUCCAGCUCAGCACGCAGUUCCACGUCAUCAUCGACGGGUGAGAUGCGAUCGUGGUUACAUGAAGUCGAGAGAAGACUUGAAAUAAAUGAGAAACGGAUUCGAGUGGAGCCAAACUUGACAGUGUUAUUAGCUGAUCAACAGGCUCUCCAACUUGAAAUACAACACGAAGGUCAGCUACUGGUCAAUCGACUCAACAAACAACUCAAAGACGAUAACGAUUCAGACUCACUAGAAGAAGAGAAACGGAAGACGUGUGUCGAUGCGAUUCGAAAACGGUGGCAUACAAUAUAUCUGAACAGUUUGUCACUUGUAUGUCGGAUAGAGGAGCUCUUGAACCAUCAGCAAUCAUCGGAAGACUCGGAAAGUGAUCCAGAUCUUGUCGGACCACCGGUCAAGCGGGCUCGUACACGCACCAGUGGACAUCUGACAGCAUCUGACACCGAGGAAUCUGAAGACGAAGAUCGACACAGUCAAACGGAAACAGUGGUCACAGACGAGGAUAACGUUCUUCCAUUUGCAGAGAGUGAAUACGAAAGUAUUAUGGAUGGAAGAGUAACAGUCGACUCGUGCACAUCUUCAUCUGAAGAUCAAAUGGUUGAGCAAUCAUCGAACAAGAAAUGGGAAAGUGUCCAACAAGAUGUUGGUUACUCAAGUGGCGAGAACUCGAUACAUGAAGCGUUGAACACGUGUGCCGACCAUUUACUUCCGGAGACCAGUGACAUGCGUCGAAAACGUAUCGAAUGCUCUCCAGUCAAGGCAUUCUAUAGAACUGUUCAGUUGGAGGAUAUGUCUGAUUUAGAAGUCACAAAAGCCAUCAACCACGAUAUAGAUGAAGAACCAAACUUGUCGGAUUCGAUGUAUGUCAAUCAUGAUUCCACAUUCUUAACGACACAAAAUCUUCCAGAAUACGACGAAGUGAUGGCUCUAAUGGAUAACGAAGAUCUUCCAAUGGACAUCUCAAUGACAGAAUCAUUCAACACAAAAUGGCGUGAAAUCCACGGACAAAAGAAGCCGUUGAGACGUGCCUCUCGACCGAGUCGUGAACAAAUGGAUCUGAUUGCCAAGAGCUCGUGCGAUGCUUCUUCCGAAGAUUCGUCCGAGGGAGAGCACCAAACACAACUGGAGGAUGAGCCAGAGAUGAUGAGUGUAUCAUUCAACUCUGCUUCAUUUGACACAUCUUCCCCAUUGAAGCGUCAAAGAUCCGCUCGUGGACUCAAAAACGCCUCAUUUCUCUACGACAGUCUUGAAAUGGAUGGAUCAUUCUGCUCGACUCGUUCCGAAAUGCUUCCACCAUGCAAGACACGUUCAUUGGCGCGUAGAAAACUGAGAGUCCGCAGAAUGCCACGUAGCAUGAGUGAUGGAGAGCAACUGGGUGUUGUGAGCUGCAAACCAGAAGGAUUGAUGACUCCAAUGAUUCGUGUGUCUCCUCCAUCCACUCCGGUUCGACGACUUCUGCGAAAACUUGACGAACAAAUCAGAAAUCGGGAUAGCGAUACGGCUCCAGAGCAUAGUGACGCUGCCCAGGCUUACGAGUGGGACGAAUACCAUCCACCACAAAAAGACGACUCAACAGCCGACCGAAAUCAUAGUUCAAUGGCAGACAUCUCUAGCCAACUGAUGAAUAUUGAUGAUGACUUCGCUGAGCAUUUCGGAACUUCAACAUCCAGUGCAUACCGUCUUAUUGAGGAAUCGAAAUCUCAUCUGAGAGUUGUCCAAAAGGCACUUGAAGAGAGUAAUGCUGAUAUUCCACACCUCUCAAACUUCGAGUUAAUUGCUCGUUCCAACUUGAGACAAGUCGAUGAAGCACUGAAAAUUCAAUCCGGAUACCAGCCAUCGUUCCUCGAGACAAGCACUCUUCAAGAGCUUCGUGCUGAAUGGGCACAACUUUAUGAAUCGAUUCGCAGCCCAUUCGUUCGUAUUAUGCAUCAAGUCAAGAAGUUCGCCGCUACACUUCAAGAAGUUUCGUCGAUGGCGUCACUUGGAGACGUGGAUAUCCGAUCGAAAGAAGACGUUAUGAAGGCGUUGGAUGCUGUGACGGCAAUCGAACGACGUCUGAGUUGUGAGAGGCAAGAAUUGCGCGAUCUACUUGCUUCACCAACUUUCCGUGACGUCGCCAAAGAACUGUCGUGUGAAUUCGAAACGGUGUCCGAAGGAUACGACGACGCCGUCGAUAGAAUCGGGAAAAUGGCUCAUUCAUUGUCUCAAGUGAAAGGAGAAUGGGAUGCAUGGAACAGUCGUCAAAAUGACAUCAGAAGUGCGAUGGUUCGAAUUGAAUCUCAUCUGAAAGAAGGGCAAAUGGAUAAUAAAAUGAUUGCGGAGGAGAUGGAAUUGUGUCAGGAGAGAAUGAAUAGUCUCGAGACGAUGUGCAAUUAUUUGACUUCAUCGUUGGGAUCAAUUCAGAAUGAAUCCAACACGAAAAAUCUUCCAGACUUCAAAGCAGAACUCUCGAUUUACAGUAAUGCAUUGGCAAGACUCAAAGACAGAUUCAACGACAUGGUCCGUGUCCCAACUCCACCCACAAUCCAAUUCCAUCCACCAGAGCCACGCCCAUCAAAGGGAAGAAGCAUGACAACUCAGACAGCUGAAAUGGAAACUGAAACUGAUGAGGAGACUCCUCUAUCAGUUUCAGAAGCUAUUUCCUCAUCUCGUCUCAUCAAAUUUACAUUUGCUCUUUCUCUUCUAUCCGCACUAGCCGCCAUCUUCUACUAUCACGUGUUUGGAAAACCAUUCGGUCCCCAUUUGACCUAUGUGAACGGACCACCACCAACUUAA